UGCAGAUUCGGUUGACGAAUACACAAACAUAUAAAACUAAAAAGCUGGUAGGCCAACAACUGAAAAGUGUUACUUGUGUUAAUAAUAAUACAAGUAGGCCUACAAGAAAAAGUUGCUCGUACGUGCAGAAUUGCCUUAAUGUCGUCAUUUAGAGCUUAGAGUGGGACUGUUAAAAGUUGCAUAGAUUUGGUUCUAUGAGCAAAUCAACUCAAAGGUUCUGAUCUUCAUUCAGUCAGCUGCACCGACGUCGUUCGUAAAAGGGAGGCCUACAACGCUUGGUAGAACUGGCCUGGAAGGCGUGGCAGUCUGUGAUAACACUCGGGUGAAGUUACAUGUAGCACUGCAGUAACGAAGUGAGCACCCCUGUGCAAGUACGUGAACAAAGCCAGAGGGGAACAGAUUGUCUACCGGUACAACAAUUACAAUACUUUUGAUUCCAAGUCAUGGCUGCCCCAGGCAACCUGAGUAUGGGUAUGCUGCCCGAUGAGUCCAUACCUGCUACUAGGGUGGAGUUGACAGUGUCUUGCAGAAAUCUGCUGGAUAUGGACACUUUUUCCAAGUCGGAUCCAUUGUGUGUCAUGUACACUCAACCUUUGGGACAGCUGAACUACAAAGAGUAUGGAAGAACAGAGGUGAUCUGGAAUACGCUGAAUCCAAAAUUUGUAACGAAGUUUGUCAUUGAUUAUUUCUUUGAGGAAAAACAAAUGCUCAAGUUUGAAUUGUAUGAUGUGGAUUCCAAGAGCCCUGACCUGAGGAAGCAUGACUUCCUGGGCAGUGCCACGUGCACUUUGGGUGAGAUCAUGGGGUCAAGAGGUUGCAAAUUCACCAGGGCUCUGAGAGGACCCUCAAAGGAUUGUGGCUUGAUUACUAUUAAAGGAGAAGAGCUGAGUGAUUGUAGGGAUCUGAUAAACCUGCAGUUCAAAGGUGAAAAUCUGGACAAGAAAGAUUUAUUUGGCAAAUCGGAUCCUUUCUUAGUCUUCCACAGAUGUAAUGAAGACGGAAGUUUCACAAUCUGUCACAAGACAGAAUACAUCAAGAAUACAUUGAAGCCUAAGUGGAGAUCCUUUAGCAUCAUGUUGAGAAUGCUGUGCAAUGCAGAUCUACACAGAACCAUCAUGGUUGAGUGCUACGACUGGAAUCGUAAUGGCAGCCACAAUCUAAUUGGUACCUUUGAAACAAGUGUGACUGCAUUGUCAAAAGGACCUGGUCAUUCCAAUGUUUAUCCGUUGAUUCAUCCGAGGAAGCAGGCCAAGAAGAAGUCGUAUCACAACUCUGGUCUGAUCACCCUCUUGAGCUGUAAAAUUGAGCCUCAGUAUUCUUUCUUGGAUUACAUCCGGGGAGGUUGUCAACUCGCCUUCACUGUCGCUAUUGAUUUCACUGCCUCAAAUGGGGAUCCUAGACAGCCCACAUCCCUGCAUUACGUCAAUCCCUACCAGCCUAAUGAUUACUUAAGAGCUUUGAGGGCAGUGGGUGAGGUCAUUCAGGACUAUGACCACGACAAACUCUUCCCAGCUCUCGGUUUCGGUGCCAGGGUACCACCCAGCAACCAGGUCCAGCAUGAAUUCUUCUUGAAUGGCAGUUUGACAGAUCCCAUGUGUGUUGGCAUAGAGGGAGUAAUUGCAGCCUAUCAACAAGCCUUGUCUACAGUCAUGCUCUAUGGCCCUACUCUCUUUGCACCAAUCAUUAACCACGUUGCAAGAUUUGCCUCCGCUAGGCAAGACGGCUCUGAGUAUUUCGUUCUUCUCAUUAUCACCGAUGGCUGCAUCUGUGAUAUGGACAACACCAAGGAAGCUAUUGUCACUGCUGCACAACUCCCCAUGUCAAUCAUUAUUGUCGGCGUUGGUAAAGAAGACUUUUCUAAAAUGGAGGAGUUGGACGGUGAUGAGGUCAGGGUUUCGUCCAGAGGGCGGAAAGCAGAACGAGACAUUGUGCAGUUUGUGCCAUUCAGAGACUUUGAAGGGGAAGGGAAUAAGAUCCUGAGCCAGGCACGUCUUGCCAAGGAAGUCCUGUAUGAGAUUCCAGAGCAGAUCACCUCCUACAUGAAGAGCAGGAAUAUUAAGCCUGGUGCACCACCUUCUCCCAGUCUAGCCAGUCACCAGAGUUUCCAGGCCAGAUAUUGAAAGUUGGAUUGAAAACAAAAAUCCAGUUGUAGUUUGUGUAAAGGAUAGACUCAGUCUUUCACACCUGCAUGAUGACUCCCUGCAAAAAAAGUUGUACAUAGAUGUUUUUAUUUAGGGAACCAAUGAGACUGAAUGAUAAUAUUCUGUGUAGUAAAACUUGGGCACCAUGUACGUUGUAUGGCCUAAUUACUGAUGGUGCAAUUUGUGUUUGCCUUGUGGAACCAGAGUAAUUUUUUCAAAAACAGAAAUUAUGAAUGAAACUGCCCAUAAAUAUUCUACAGAAAGGAUAUUACAAUGUAUUCCUCGUUGAACACUAAAACUGAAACUCAUUUAAAUAAAGUAACUGAUAGAAUAACUGUUCUUGUCAGCAUUCCUUUAACCGAGUAAGGAAACUGUGUGAUUUGAAACAUUAAACAACUGAAAAGAAUAGUGCAGUUCUCAAUUAUGUUUUAUUAAGGAGUAUUGUUAAAAUCUGUUAGAAAUAAAUUAUAUAAUAAAAAAAAAGCUUUAACUGCUUUCUGAUUGGAGCUACUAAAAUCAAAAAAUUACAAUGUAUGAAGGGCCUAAUGCUCCUAUACUGAAAAUUAUGUUAUGAAAACAAUUUAGAAUUGUGAGAUUUGUUUAUAUGCUUUCUUAUCAACAUAUUGGCCGAGUGUAAGUGUGCAAGUGAAAUAUUUUUGAAUUUAAUAGUUCUAUGCAAUAAGUAUGAUUCACAAAAUUUUGUGUGCAAUUAUAUCCUUAACUGAAGGUUUAUCAGUAAUAUUACAGACCUAGUUUGCCGUACAUUGUGUAUGGUGCAAUGUUGAUGUAAAACAUAUCAUCAGUUGAUAUUAAUACAAGUGGUUUGUGGGGAAAUAGUGGAAACAAUGACCCAGAAAAUGAUAAGGACUAGAGGCGAAGCUGAGGGAGAUAGUCCAAAUCAUCCAACACUGAGGGAUCAUUAAUUUUUCCUUUUUUUUCCCUUGUUUGUUUUACUAUACAUGUACGCUAUAAAUAUUCCUCAGGUAGCUGAGACAGUUCGGCGAGACAAAAGCAAGUUAAUGUUGUGUCAUGCAAUAACCUUUACAUUCACACAAACAUUGAAUUCAUUUUUGAAAGUUGAAAAUGCAACUCUAAAAGUUUUAAAUGGAACAAAGCUUGACACAUUUAACUCCACUUUAACAAAGAUCAAGGUUAAUGACAGCAUCUGAAUGCUCUGUACAGUACCUAUCCAUUGAUAUCAACUGGUACAACUGUUCCUAUAACUGGUGUUUGUAGUGUGCUCUUGAAGUACACAUGCUGUAAAAUGUUGUGCUGUACUGGCACAACUCUGAGGCUGCAUCUGUAAAGUGUGUGACAAUUCUUCUCUGGAAAAUUUGCAAAAAGUAUCACGUGGUUGAGUACCUGAAGUAAACCAAUGAAAUGCAGCCACUGCCUGAUGAAUAUUUAUGAGGUUCACUGUUUAAAAAUUUUUAGAUGUGUUUUGAAAGCAAAGUUUUGUCUUAGAAUAUUAUUUCUCCAGCAUUUUGAAUUGUUUGGUUUGGCAGGUACUUUCGUUGUUCUGUGGUUGUUUCAGGGAUGAAGAAAUUUUUAUGCCAAGAUCUGUAAAUGACUUUAUUUUCAGGUGGAAUCUCAGUAAAAGAAAAUAUUUGGUCACUUGUAAUUAUUUCAGAAGUCGCUGUAGUUGUAGUGAUAGCUUUAAUUUUCCAUUUUAACAUAACUGGGAAAUACUGUUUUAAUUGUUGUAAACAACAUUUUCUGUCAGUUUUCAUAUGCGUUUCAAUGAAAUAAAGUUGUUGGCAAAAGUG